AUGUCAAGCAGCACCGACGACCGUUCUGUUUAUCUACGCCAUAUCCGAUCUUGUUAUCGGUAUCACCCAGAAGCAGCUUCCUUCUACGAACAGCUGGCGGACUUUCUUGAUGCAUGUUCCGGGCAACGAAAGUCCAGACUUCAGGAGGUCAAAUUAUUUGAGAUUAGCCCGCUCUCCAAUGAUGACGUAUAUCCAAAAGCUUUCCCGUUCAUCACUACUGGGCUGCAUGAUGAAAACUGCAAGCCACGUAUUGGGGUAUUGCAAGGGUUCCCACAUCCUGACUGCAUCGCAUUUCUGGGAGCCGAGUUUGCCGUCCGCCCAGAAUUCUUUAUCGAGCACCUACCUGUCAGCCUCAAGCUGAGUGACAGCGUUCCAGAGUUACCAACUCUGCCGUCAAGACAGGAUAAUGUGGUGCGCGUGCACUUUUCCCGCCUCGUCAAACCCAUGUCUCCUUACCCGUCCCGUCUUUCCGGUCAAACAUCGCUGCAUAUGCGUCAGAAACGAGCUGAGAUGGAGGGCCUGCGGCUCAACUAUGAGAAGGCAUUGGUCAAUCACAGAAUUGUGGAGGAGAUGGUGUCCUUCACUAUUGCGACGCACCGGAAUAAUUGGCAUGGCAUAUUUCUGACUGACAGUAGCCGAAUGGUCACGGAACAAGGGCUGCCAUGGUCUAGACAUGGUGGUAUUGUCCCAUUGGUGCCUUACAAUCUGCCAGCAGAGAGUAGCGCACCGAUCCCUAGCAGAGAUGAUGGUGAAUCAUCCGGACAGCUAGACCAGUUUCAUCCCCUCAAAGGCAUAGUUCUUAGGGAUCAGGUGGACUAUCAGUUAAUGCAAGAAGAUCCAUUCUUCCUCCUUGCCACGGUUCUGACCACGUCAUUUCUUUCCUGGUCACAGACCUUGAAUGUUCUUGCCCAAGGUAUUACGGAAUGCCAAGAUCAGCUGGACGUCGAUCAAGAUAAGCUACAGUUCCAGUUGGGUCAGCUUAGGCAACAUGAGGUUGCUCAUCUUGGCCAAAGCCAGCUUCCGACUCCACGAUAA